CUAUUCGACGAUAAGUGCGACUCAAACAUGAACUCAAAGUAGCAAAUAAAAAUUUUAUCAUGGCCGUAAGAAGUAAGAAUUAUGCAUUGAAUUAUGUACUAAUAGUCGUUCAACUUUGAAUGAUUUUUGAACGUUUAACAUUGAAGUAAGUAAUUUUAUAAAAAUAAAAUGCACUAAUUGGGUCAUGGCUUUGCAGUCUCCUUUGGUUUAUGGACGGGUCUUAGCUUCUCAAAUCCGUCAAGCUAUUCCAAAUCUUUUGCGACUGGAAAAUCAACGAUCCGUCGCUUGUAGCAAUUCACGGAGAUACACAAAAUUAAUUACCGCCUAUUGUGGCUUCUCGAAAAACCUACUGCCUUCAAAAAAAAAUCGAUCUUUUGGAGAAGAUGCAUUUUUCAUAACGGAAGAUAAAGUGAGGAAUGUGUUAGGAGUUGCAGAUGGUGUUGGAGGUUGGAGGAAUUAUGGAAUAGACCCAUCUUUGUUCUCAAGUGCAUUAAUGGAGAAUUGCAAAAAUUUAAUAGAGCAAGGCUUGUUGAAUGAUCCAUCUCCAAUUGAAAUUAUGAAAGAAGGUUAUCAUGAGAUAUUUGAAAAUAAAGAACCAUUGUUUGGAAGUACAACUGCUUGUAUUGCUGUCUUGGAUAAGAAGAACAGUUUAUUGCACUCUGCAAACCUUGGAGAUUCAGGAUUUCUUGUUAUUAGAAAGCAAAGUGUGAUUCAUUCAUCAAUGGGUCAACAGCACUACUUCAACACUCCUUAUCAACUGGCUAUACCUCCACCAGAAUGUGAAGGAAAUGUUAUACAAGACGACUUAGAGUCAGCAGAGGAAAGAUGUUUUCCUGUUGAGGAAGGAGAUGUUGUUGUCAUGGCAACUGAUGGAUUGUUUGAUAAUUUGACUGAGUCACAAAUUCUUGAUGAGAUUUCAAAGUUGAAGGACCAUCAAUUGUGCUCAGUUCAAUCAGUUGCUGACUCCUUGGCAAACCUUGCAAGCUCGUUAUCAUAUGAUCCAAAUUAUUUUUCGCCAUUUGCUAAGCAAGCAAAGGAAGAAGAAGGGAUAGAAGCAGUGGGAGGGAAGCCUGAUGAUAUUACUGUACUUGUAGCUAUAGUAUGUUUAGCAGCAACUCCAGUAUAGUUUGUUGAGAGAAAAGAUAAUCAUUUAGGUUGCCCAUGUCAACACUAUCGAGAGAGGUAAAGAUUGUUGGGAGGUAAGGCUGGACCUUAUGCCAUUUAUUGGGAAGACGCUUUGAAAAUAGUUCUUUGAUUUAUUUGAUUUGAACACAAUUUUCAUGCAUUUAUAUUUAAGGUAUGAAUUGCUGCUUGUAAAUGGUUUCAAAUAUUUUUAAAAAUUUAAAGGGAAUGCAGUUUGAUACUUUGAUUAUUGUAUGCAGUUUUAUAAAAUAAUUUUUAGAAAGUGUGGUAUGAA